AUUUCUCCAUGGAGGAGUGGGAGUAUUUAGAAGGACACAAGGAUCUCUACAAGGACGUCAUGAUGGACAAUCAGCAGAAUUUGGGUUUUGUGAAGAAUGUAAGGAAGGAAUUUCCCCGGAAUGAGAAGAUAUUGAACCUCACCCUGGAGAUCCUCAGCCUGCUGACUGGAGAGAACUGUACAGUAAUAAUGAAGAAAUCUACAAGAAGGAGAUCUCAUAAUAUGACCACAAGAUCCUCGAGAAUCCCGAAUCCCAUCACCAUCCCCCCACCUCCAUCCCCGAUCCCAACAAGACACAACACACAGAAGAUUCUAGAAGUCACCAAGAAGAUGAUGGAGCUGCUGACAGGAGAGGUUCCUAUAAGGUGUCAGGAUGUCACUUGUGUUCUGUACUCACCAGUGUAUGAGGAUGACCUCAGUUAUCUGUAUGAAGACAUGUCUGAUGAAGGAAACUAA